GAAAAGUCCGUUAGUCAAAGCACAGAAGAGACGCAGAGAAGAGAUGCUGUUCCACCUGAUCAUAGCGCUUCAGUUUUUUUCAUCAAUUUGAGAAAAACGUUUGAAUAGAAGUUAGAAGAGAAGAUAUUGGAAGGAAAAAACUUUGUAUAUAUAUAUAUAUAUAUAUAUAUAUAUAUAUAUAUAGGCCUAUAUAUAUAUAUAUUUAUAUAAAAAUAAGAGACGAAACCUUUGUUUAGAAGAAAGGAAAACCAAAGGCUGAAGUCUCUGGAGAGGAACGCAGACUUUCCAAACAUCCCUCAACAGGUGCACGGAUCUAUCUAAGGAAGAGGAGAGAUGGCUUCCGCGGCUCUGGAGCUCCUUGGUCUGAUGCUGUGCGUCUUCGGCACUCUCUUGGAAAUGACCGCCUGCGGGCUGCCCACCUGGAAGGUGACCGCCUUCAUCGAGGCCAACAUCGUGGUGGCGCAGACCAUCUGGGAAGGCCUGUGGAUGUCGUGCGCCGUGCAGAGCACCGGCCAGAUGCAGUGCAAGAUUCACGACUCUAUGCUCGCGCUCAGCCACGACCUCCAAGCCGCGCGCGCUCUCAUGGUCAUCUCGUCCGUCUUGUGCGUCAUCGGGCUGAUGGUGGUGAUCGCCGGCGCGCAGUGCACCAACUGCAUCAAGGCGGAGGGCGUGAAGGCGCGAGUGGUGAACGUCGGAGGGGUCAUCUACAUCAUCAGUGCCAUAUUCGUGCUCGUGCCUCUGUGCUGGAUGGCCAACAGCAUCAUCUCCGACUUCUACAACCCUCAGAUUCUGGCGUCCCAGAAGCGGGAGAUCGGCUCGGCGCUCUACAUCGGCUGGGCGGCCACCGCGAUGCUUCUUCUCGGGGGAAGCAUGCUCUGCUGCUCGUGUCCCUCCUCUGGAACUACAGGCUACUCGGUCAAAUACGCGCCCACCAACAGAGCAACAUCUAACGGGGAGUAUGACAAGAGGAAUUACGUUUAGACGCUGUUUGGACUGAUUUCACUUACAUGCUCUUUUGUUUUGUGUUGCACCUGCAGACGUUUCUGUUCUCAUUUGGCUGAUUUUCCUUUUUAAGCAUCUUGGACAAAUGAUUGGAACUUUUUCUUUCUUUCUUUUUAAUUUAA